GAUUUCAUAUUAACUGUUUUUUUAGGGAAAAAAAUAAAAAAAUAUGGCAAACAAUAUUAUUGAUACUUCUGAUCAAAAAAGCAAAGAAGGUGACGCUAAAACACAGUUUGAUGUCAUUUGUAAUGACUUGGACCUAAAUGAAAGCAUCAAAACAAAAGCAUGGGAUGAAUUUGAACAAAUAAAUCGUAAUGUGACACUUGAGGGUGACAGUCUUCAUUGGUUGGCUUGUUCACUAUAUGUUUCAUGUCGCAAAGCAUGUUUAGUAAAAGAUCCAUCCACAGAUGCACCUUCCAUUCCUUUAGCCAAACUUUUAAAUUUGUCGCAACUAAGUAUGCUUCAUUUCUUUCAAAAAGUUUACAAGUGGCUUGACAUGGGCAAGCAUGGAAAUGAAUUGAGUGCAAAAGUUGAACAACUCGAAAGAAAUUUCUCUGUAUCUUCAAUUGUAUUUGAGAAGUAUUUGUCAAUAUUUGAUGAUAUCUACAUAAAAAAUUGGACAGAAAGUACAAAGAGAGGAAGAAGUCAAAAAGGUCUGACAGCACUAACAACAAGAGACAUAUUCAAUUUUUGUUGGACGUUAUAUAUUCGUACUAAAGCUAAUUAUCCAGAAAUUAGUGAUGACCUUGUUAAUUCUUAUCAUCUGCUUCUUUGUUGUGUGGAUAUCAUUUUUGCCAAUAUUCUUUCAUCAAAGCAGUUCAAGUCUUCGUUAAAUCCUUAUUUUAAAGGUGUACCAAAGGAUUUUAUGGAUUUUGAAUACAAUGAUGUACCGUCUAUUAUUGAUGAUCUUUGUCAACUCUAUGAAGGUUUAGCAAUUGAGACAAAAAUCAUUUGCAAGCAGUUUCUUGGUGCAUUUUUAGACAACUUAAUAAAAAAUCAUCACAUGAGGGGACAGGGGACAAACAAAAAAACUAAUCUGAUGAGUCAGCAGAAUUUAAAAUUUAAUUUAAAGUAUCUAAAUGAUAGUUAUGAAAAACUUAUCUUACAAAAUGGUGAUAUCGAUGAAAGAAUAUUCAUCAAAGAGGAUGCGCCGAUUAGAAUUGGAACCCCUGUGAAACGAGUUACUGCUUUUACUGAUGUUGAUGAAAGAGAAAGGUCUCAAGUAAAAAGAAAUCUACAAGAGUAUUUCAACAAGGUAAAGGGCUUUGUCCCACAAACACCACUUACUGGCCGACGUUGGUUAGAUGAAAAAAAUUUACGAUCUAGUGAGUCCUUUAUCACCCAACCUGCAAUACGACUGCAGGAAUUGGUAAAAGGUUUAAAACCAGCACCCAGUGAUGAACUAUACGAAAUUUUUAAAACAUUUAAAGAGAAUCCAGAAGAAAAUUUAAAAACAAUACUUAAUAAUUUUUCAUCAAUUUUUAUUGAAGAAUACUCAAAGAAAUUUGAUGAUUCUAGCAAUAUUGCAAAUAAUACUGAUUUUGCGAAAGCAAGAUUGCAUCUAUCACUUGUCUUGUUUUAUAAGACUUUAGAAAUUUUUUUAAAAGCUGAGAAGAAAAAAUCUUCAGCUGAUCUCUCAGUUCUUUUGCAGCAAGAAAUUUUCAUCAAAUGUUUGUUUACUUGCUGUCUUGAAAUUGUCAUUUACUCCUACAAUUCUUCCAAAGUAUUUCCAUGGAUUUUAAAGGUUUUUAAUUUAAAACCAUAUCAUUUCUUCAAGGUUAUCGAGUUGGUGAUAAGAGGAGAAGACUUAUCUAGAGAUGUCAUCAAACAUCUAAGUCGGAUUGAAGAGCAAAUAUUGGAAACGCUUAGUUGGCGAACAGGUUCACCAAUAUACUCUGCUUUGAAGACUUAUGGUAUUCCAAGAUGUCAAGAAGUUGCUACAGAUACAGGCGUGAUGACACCACUCUUUUUUAUGUCUCCAACUACAGUGCGUAUGAAUAAAGAUGGUGUACAACAAUCGCCAAUAAUCUCACUUCGUGAUCGGUUUGGUCCAGUAGCACCUCCAGGUCCAGCAAAAAGAAACUUAUUUGGUUCACCUGUCAAAACUGAACCUGCUAAAACAGCUGAUAAACAAGCAACAGCUGUUGUGCUGCCACCAAAUACAGCUGCUGGUCAACUAUCUUCUGUACGUUUUCCAAUCAUGUUAGCAUCUCCGGGAUCCAGUCCUGUUAGAUUGUUUACAGUGGCUACUCAACGCGGUACUCCACCACGAACAGGUGUUAUUCGAAUUCCAGCUAGUCCAAGUAAAGCAAACACGAAAAAAUACGGCUCUCUUGGUAUUUUCUUUCGCAAACUGUACCACAUGUCAAGCUUACGAUUAAAAGAUUUAUGUGAUAAUUUGAGCAUUGGGAGCGAACUUCAUAAAAAGAUAUGGACUUGCUUUGAGCAUAGCCUUGUGGAGAACAUUGAUAUUCUUCGUGAUCGUCACAUUGAUCAGUUAUUAAUGUGCGCUGUUUAUGUGAUGGCGAAAGUUACCAAAGAAGACAAAUCGUUCCAUGAAAUUAUGAAAUGGUAUCGCACGCAACCUCAGGCGACGAGUGAUGUAUACCGUCAUGUACUUAUAGAAAGGGCAAGCGAUCGAGUCUCUUCAGAAACUGAUACUGAAGCUUCUUCUACAGCUAAUAGUGCUGUGGAUAAGGUUGAAGAAAAUAUUAAAAAAGAAGAAAACGAGAAUAAUAAAGAAGAAGAAAGGAUUAAAACCGACCAAGAUAAUGCAAAUGACGAUCAAAUGGAUAAAAAUGUAUAUAAUGACUUGAUACAGUUCUAUAAUAUUGUUUAUAUAAAAAAGAUAAAAGAUUUUGCUCUUAAAUUUGCAUCUAAUAAAGUCACGCUCGAUGCUCCUCCACUGUCUCCGUUACCUGUGUCAAGAAAACAAGUGCACUCUCCACGGCAGGUGUCGAAACAACAUCAAAUCUACUUAUCGCCCAUCAAAUCAGCUGUUCAAAUGACACCACGAAGUAAAAUGCUAUACUGUUUCGAUUCGGACUCGCCCAAUAAGCUUGGUGAAAUAAAUGCAAUGAUAAAGGGUGGGACGCGAAGAAGAGUUUUACUCGAUGCUGACGAAGAAACCGGUCCAACUGCACCAAAACGCCCAUUAAAUGGCUUGGUUAAGCGAGCUCAAGAGUUAAGACAGGAGCAAAUGAACCAUAGACCAUUAAACAAUCAUAAAUAAAUUGAAAUAUAUGUAUAUGAAUAUUUUAGUUAUGCGAUUCUUUCUAUCUCGUGUGUCUGGAGUGAAGGGUUUUUUUCAUCCGUGUUACGUUUGUGUUUUACUUCACACGAUUUUCAGCUAAGAGACAACGAACAAACUUUGCUGCAGUCCAGUUUUGUGUGUUGAUUAAAUUUAAUAUUUUUGUGGAGAACAGAUAAUGGUUGCGUUUUAAAUCAUUUUUUUGACUGGAAUUAUUUUUUUUUUAUUUUUACUUAUUUUGUAAACAAUUUUAUGUGAUUUUAAUAUUUCUCAAACAUUUUUUUUCUUUUUAAUUUUAAUUUGUAUUUACAAUUUAUUUUAUUUGAAGAUAAAUUUUUUGUUUCAUGGUGUAUUCUAGCUCUGCUAGAACUGAAUAGAAAGAAAUAAUAAAAUGCAAAA